AUGCCUAAUGUUGUCAUGGAUGACUUGUGGUUAACUAGAAUUAUAUCCUUGCUGAAUUUAGAGUGUUUGGCGCUGGCGCUGACUCUGUUGUUUUCGCAGUAUAUGCGUAAUAUUAGAGUCCCAUAUGCAUCAUGGACUAGACAAAAAGGAUGCCAUAAAGAAAUGGGUCAUGUCUUUUCACUUUGUCCGGUGAUACUUUCAGUUUGUAUAACGUGGUUCCUGUGCUUUACUAUUACGGAUGUGUUUACAACUGACUCAAGUGAUCCUAGUUAUCUAGUCCGAACUGACAGAAGUGAUGACUUGAUAAAUACGUUGCCAUGGAUAUGGUUUCCGAUACCAUUUAGAUGGGGGUUACCAACAGUAAGUGUCGCUUCAUUUGUUGGCAUGAUGUCUGCAGUAUUUGCUUCUACAUUUGAAUCUCUCGGUGAUUAUUAUGCCUGCGCACAUCUAAGUGGGGCGCCACCACCACCAGGUCAUGCUGUCACUAGAGGAAUUGGAGUAGAAGGCAUUGGCGUCAUUAUCGCCGGAAUGUGGGGAAGCCUGGGAGUGACGUCAUAUUCCUCGAGUAAUGGAGCAAUCUCAGUUACAAGAGUUGGAAAUCGUCGUGUAAUACAAUGGAUGAGUCUGAUUCUUUUCUUAAUGGCUAUUGUUGGUAAACUUGCAGCCAUUAUUGCAUCGAUACCAAUUCCGAUGAUUGGGGGAUUACUGUGGAUCACCUCUGGUACAAUUAUAGCCAUAGGCGUUGCUAGCCUACAACAUUGUAAUAUGAAUUCUUCAAGAACUUUGGCAAUAAUUGGAACAGCUAUUAUGACUGCUUUGAUUGUACCUCAGUAUCUAACCCAGAAUCCGGAGGUCAUUGAUACAGGAAAUACCAACGCCAAUCAGAUCAUAAAUGUAAUAUUACGUAAUGGAAUGAUUAUAGGUGGUUUAGUUGGCUUUAUACUGGAUAACACAAUACCAGGUACGCAAGAAGAAAGAGGUUUGAUAGUAUAUCGUAAACUUGAUGCAGAAACAAUUAAGAAACUUGGUUUACGUGGAUCGAUGACUUCAUACGACUUGCCAUUCGGUAUGUCCUAUAUCAAAAAAUGGAAAUGGACCCGUUACAUACCUUUUUGUCCGACGUUCCUGACGAAAGACUUCUAAUUUAUACAAACCAAAGGCUAUAGAGAAUCUUCUCUAUAGUCUUUGUACAAACUAACCCUGUUGUAGAACGAUGCAGUGGAUCGAUAAUCAUAUUACUCAGUAGAUGACAUUAACAAAAUGUAUAUUGCCC